ACCCCCUCAGCUGCGCGUGCGCAGGCGCCACCGUACUCGGCGUUAUGGCCGUAUUCAGCCUCUCCGCUUUGCUUGGUCGAGUCCACGCCACCGCUUGGCGAGCGGCAAGGACACCUCUCCUCUGUGAUGCUCUGAGGAAGAUCAGUUCUUCUCCAGGAGGAAAGCCUGAGCCGGUCAAACCAUCGCUGAAGAAGCCCAAACUACCGCUAGGUCGUUUCGAUGCGCCGGAGGGUUCUCACGUAGAACAGGAGCCGCUGAGCAAAUUUCCGGAUGAUGUUAAUCCAGUUACCAAAGAAAAAGGUGGACCCAGGGGACCAGAACCCACACGAUAUGGAGAUUGGGAACGGAAAGGGCGAUGUAUUGAUUUUUAAAACAUAUUCUUUAACUGUAUUAUCAUUCUCUGAAUAUGUACAUCUGAAUUUCUUAUUUCAGACUAUGUUCUUUUAUACCCUUUAAAUUAUCUCUUUUGUGUGUGUGCAUGUAACCAGAAAUUAAACCCGGGACCCUGUACAUCUUAGGCAAGUGCGCUGAGCUACAUCCUCAGCCCUAAAUCAUCUAAUUUGUGUAAUGUGUUCAAAUUUCUUUAAUGUAUAGGAUUACUUUGGAAGAAAAAGACUUCUGUAAAUUAGGAAAACUAUUUUCACAUUCAGCAUAUUAACAUUAACAAAUACAUUGGGUUAUAUAAAGGAUUAUUAGAGCUGUAAACCUUUACUUCAUAUUUUUUUAAUUUAAGUUAAUGAGUUGCUUGUAAAAUACAUGUGUAAAUAAAAUAUUUUAAGUGAU